UUGGUGGCUCCUAAAAGAGCCCUUGUUUUUGGCGGUAAACCCUCGCAGAGAGUUUACUUGCUGCUGGUGUACUUGGUCACAGCCUUGGUUCCUUCACUGACGGCGUGUUUCGCCAGUUCACCGGGCAGAAGCAACCUGAUGGCGGUCUGGAUCUCGCGGGAGCUGAUGGUUGAUUUCUUGUUGUAGUGGGCAAGGCGGGAAGCUUCGGUCGCGAUGCGCUCGAAGAUGUCGUUCACGAACGAGUUCAUGAUGCCCAUGGCUUUGCUGGAGAUACCAGUGUCAGGGUGAACUUGCUUCAACACCUUGUAGAUGUAGAUAGCAUAGCUUUCCUUUCUCUUUCCCCUCCUUUUCUUCUUUUCUCCUGCAGCCUUUGCCUUUCCGGCUCUCUUCUCGCCUUUCUUUCCUGCAACUUUGGGUGCCAUGCUUGU